AUGUAUCAAUCGUCAUUUUGGUAUCCAACAAAUUACAUCGACACAUGGCGUCCAAUUUUUUACCUCACAAAACUCCUCGGAUACGCUCCCGUUUCAAGGGAAAAUGCAAAAAUUCAAAUUUCCAGCAUGGAUUUCACCUUUCCUCUCAUCGCAUUUGUCGUGUAUUUUGCAAUUUUAUGCCUCACAGUCCUUUGGAAGACAUCUCAACUCGCUGCAAGUCCCAUCAGUGACACCGCGAUCCUCGAUAUCGGCUUGAACGUGAGUGUUCUUCUGUGCAACAUCACGGCAGUUGUCAUUGUUGCCUCUAAUUACGUGAAUCGGGUGAAAAUUUGUGCCAUUAGUCGAGGUAUUCAAGCGAUCGAUGAUGAACUUAUCAAAUUGGGACAUCAAAUAAAUUACCGGCGAGAGCUCGUUGUGCAUGUUACGAUUGUUUUUGCGACAUUCAUUGCGCAACUUUUGCUUUAUGGAGCUUGUUGGGUCCUGAGAGAAAAAUAUAAAAUCGAAACUUUGCCGGAUAGAGUCGCUUUUUUGUAUGUCGGAGUGACAAUAACUUACAGCGUUUACAUGUCAAACUUUAUUUUUAUCAUGGCGACUUUGGAAAAACGCUACAAGGCGAUUAACCAAACGAUGAAAAUGUACUUUGUGAAGAAACCUUUGUCGUUAAAGCCGGGAUUGGGACAUGUUUGUACCAAAUUAGCAAAAUUACACGAUCAAAUGGGUGAUAAUGUUGAUGCGGUGAACGAAACUUUUGCGUUUCAGAUAAACGCUCCCGUGGCAAAUGCUUUUAUCUUCACAGUUUUCUGCAUUUUUCAACUUUUUCAUCUCAUGCAAGGACCAUCAAAUGUUGGAAUGGCUCUUCUUACGUUCAUUUGGAAUAUUUACUACACAUCUUUCGUCAUUGGCGUGUUCUACAUUGCCAGUAAAUUAACAAAUACUGGAAAAAAGACGGCAAUGGUAGUUCACAAAGCAAUAAAUCUCUCACCAAACUCAGAAAAUGUCGAUAAAUUACGAGUUUUUUCACAACAAUUGCUGCACAGACCUCCAAUUGUUACUUCUGGAUUCUUCGAUUAUAAUUGGGAGCUGUUUUUUGGACUUCUUGGUUCAGGAACAAUGUACUUGAUAAUUUUGAUCCAGUUUGACACUUAAAACGGAAGACACGUGAAAAUAACGUCAUUCUGCAUUAUUGCAAUGAUAUUUGUAGGACAC